GAGCUUCCUCUGACAUUCCCUCUGAGUCUCUGUGGCUCUCAGAUCUCCCCCUCAGACUCUUGGACAUAAACUCCUCACUGAGCUUAAGAGCAGAGAAGUAAAUGUUUGACCAUAGUGCACCUAACAGCAGAGGAACAGAAAAGCAAAGGGAGAAGAACUGGAACUUUUCUUUUACUUUUUAAGGGGACUUUGAACUUGGACAAAAGGACAAAGAUUUUUAUAUAAGCCAGGUGGACAUCUAGAAAAAGAGGAAAUACUUUUUUUCUUUAACAUAGUUUUGGACUUUUAGACGUGGACUGGGCGCCUCCACUCUCCAGAGGAGGGAGAUGAGGAGUUGGUCGUUACAUUUCCUCGCAGGACUCGGUCUUCUGGCCGUCCUGCUGACCUGCUGCUCUGCUGAAGUGAACUACUGCCACGCCUUCAGCUCGGGUUCCUGCUCAGAGUGUCUGCAGGCGGGGGUAGACUGCGUAUACUGCCCCGACGAGACGUUUAAUUUUCAUCGCUGUGACCUCUAUAAGAACAUCAUCGCCCAUGGCUGCAAUGACAGGUCUGUCAUUAGAGCCAAAAGCUUGCAGAAGAUAGAGAAAAAAGAUGCAAUUAAUGUGGCGCUUCAGCAGUCUCAGGUGUCGCCACAGCUGGCAACCAUGACCUUUCUGCCUGGAGAAUCUAAAGAUUUGGACGUGGAGGUGUUUGCUCCGACUAAAGGCCCUCUGGAUCUUUACAUUCUUAUGGACUUCUCAAACUCCAUGAAGGACGAUUUGGACAACUUAAAGAAAAUGGGCAAUCAGCUGGCGGAGGUGGUGAAAGAGCUUUCAGACGACUACACCAUUGGAUUUGGAAAGUUUGUGGACAAAGUAAUUGAGCCUCAGACUGACAUGAGACCUUCCAAGCUUAAACAGCCAUGGCCCGAUAGUGAUUCUCCAUUCUCCUUCCAAAAUGUUAUCAAGCUGACAAACAAUGUAGAUUCCUUCAUAUCAAAGCUCCAAAACCAGAGGAUAUCUGGCAACCUGGAUGCCCCCGAAGGAGGAUUCGAUGCCAUUCUGCAGGCAGCAGUGUGCGAGGAUCAGAUUGGUUGGCGCGAGCGCAGCACUCAUCUCUUGGUUUUCUCAACCGAGUCAGCCUUUCAUUAUGAGAGUGAUGGCGCCAACGUGCUGUCUGGUAUUCUGCCACGCAACGACGAGCUCUGCCACCUGGACGCAGAUGGAAAAUACACAGAGGCCACAAAGCAGGAUUACCCCUCUAUACCCACACUCAUCCGUUUGCUGGGGAAACACAAUAUCAUCCCCAUAUUCGCUGUCACAAACCACUCCUAUACUUUCUAUGAAAAAUUAAAAGAGUAUUUCCCCAUUGCCGAAAUUGGUUUGCUUCAAGAGGAUUCAUCCAACAUCCUGGAGAUCAUGAGGAAUGCCUUUGAGAGUAUCCGCUCUAAGAUGAGCAUCCGUGCAGAAGACAGGCCAAAGGCUUUUGGUGCCCAGUUUUUUCAUCCAAACAAUACAGUUGCCGAGUAUGGGAGCUUUAACUUCAAGCCUGGACAGAUUGGCAAGUUUAAGGUGAAGCUCACAGCCCAACAAAUGAUUGGUGAGACACUUGUCUGCAAAAUGGAUCCAGAUGAAAAAGAAGGUACAAUCAGAGUCAAACCAACAACUUUUAAUGCAGCGGUCGAUGUGAAGGCCUCCAUUUUGUGUCCAACCUGUCCAUGCGAGAAGACAGGUAUUCCGAAAGCUGAGAGGUGCAAUGGAAAUGGAAAGUUGGUGUGCGGGAAAUGUCAGUGUGAUGAUGGCUGGCAGGGCCCUUUCUGUAACUGCUCAAAAGCCUCUGAGUCAAACAAGAACCAGUGCAAAGGCCCAAACAUGAAAGAGCCCUGCUCAGGCCGUGGAGACUGUCAGCCAUGUGGAACCUGUGUGUGCUAUAAUCCAGACCAGUAUGAAGGACCCUACUGUGAAUAUGACAAGACCCAAUGUCAACGUUAUGGAGGCUUCCUUUGCAAUGAUCGUGGUUCUUGCGUGAUGGGUCGUUGUUCCUGUUCAGAGGGUUGGGAGGGCGCUGCCUGUGAGUGCGCCAAAAACAAUGAAACCUGCUUGGACAGCAAUGGGAACAUUUGUGGUGGUCGGGGCGAGUGUGUCUGUGGGAGGUGUAAGUGUCCAGAAUCCAAGAUGGAAAUGUCUUCAACCUGUGAGCUACAAACCUUUGAGUACCAACAAGGCUCAUGUGAGAUCACAAGGAGUUGUGUCUUGUGUCAAGCAUGGAAUAAGGGAGAGUUUAAAGACAAAAAUUGCGAAGGCUGCUUCAAAGUCGUCAUGGUGGAUAAGCUGAAGGAAGCGGAGGAAGUGCUUCACCACUGCAGUUUCCGAGAUGAAGACGAUGAUUGCACAUAUCAGUAUACUAUCGCCGACAGUAAAGGCAUGGAAAAUGAGGACCUGCUGGUUGAGGUGCUCAAAGAAAGAGAUUGCCCACCAGCUAGUCUGCUGUGGCUGCUGCCACUCAUCCUGUUCCUCCUGCUGCUGCUGGCGCUCCUGCUGCUCUGCUGUUGGAAAUACUGUGCCUGCUGCAGCUCAUGCUGGCAGAGCUGUCUGGCCUUGCUGCCAUGCUGCAGGAGAGGUCGCAUGGUCGGCUUCAAGGAGGAUGAGUACAUUUUCCGUCAGUCUCAGCUGACCUCUAACCAUUUGGACACACCGAUGGUGAGGACCGGCCCACCUAAAGGAACUGAUGUGGUUCGCUGGAAGGUCACGGAUAAUGUGCACCGUGCGCCCAAUCAUCCACAAGCGUUGUUACAACCAAACCCAGAUGAAAUGAUCAACUUCCCAGUCUCCCUCCGAUUAAACAGGCUGUUCUCUGAGAACCUGUCUCGCCUUGAUUCAAAGGACGCUGAGCUGCUCCGUAAAGAAGCGGCUGACAACUUAAACGAGGUGUACAGGCAGAUACCUCAGGCGCAGAAGGUGCAAGAUAUUUCAUUCAGAACGCAGAAAAAUUCUGGAAAAAGGGAGGACUACACCAUCUUGGAUACUGUGCUGUCAGCUCCCCGCAGAUCCUAUCCAGAUAUAGUCAAACUGACUGAGAAGAACGUCCAGUCCGGAAGCUUUGGUGACCUUAAAGUGGUCCCAGGCUACUAUACUGUGGCCACAGAUCGAGAGGCUGCAGGAGCUGUGGAGUUCCAGGAGGACGUGGAGUUGGUGGAUGUUCAUGUGCCACUGUUUGCCAAGGAUGAUGACGACGACAAGAAGCAGCUGCUGGUGGAGGCUAGGGAUGUGCCGUUGGGCAUCGCAGAGAUUGCAAAGCGCUAUGUUAACAUAACCAUCAUCAAAGACCACGCCACAACUAUCUUCUCAUUCCUCCAGCCAAAAUACACAUACAGCAGGAAGGAUGGUAUGGCAAAGAUCCCCAUCAGCAGGGAGAUCAUUGAGGAUGGACGCUCUCAGGUCACCUACAACACACAAGACCUCACCGCCAAGAAUAAGAAGGACUAUAAAGAAAUGCAAGGAGACCUCUCCUACGGUCCUGGUGAGACUACGAAGAUUGUUUACGUUCCUUUGCUUGAGCUAAGUGAAAAAGAUGGCUUUUUGGAGGAAAAACAGGUAAAGCAGUUCAUUAUGGACCUCAGUAACCCGCGGCAGGGAGCCAAGCUAGGACGGUACCCAAGAACCACCAUCACCAUCACAGACGAACCAGAACCAAGUGUGAUGAUGUUCAAGAAGGCUACACAGAACUUCAGCAGGUUAGAUCCGACCUACAGCAUCCCAGUGGUGCGCUCUCGCAACGAAGACAGCCCAGCCACGGUGAAGUGGCGCACCAAGAAGGAUCCGCGCUUUGAUCUUUCUGGUAUCCUGAAGUUCGCUCCAGGAGAAACGGAGAAGUACAUAACGAUUGACUCUAAAGCCCAUCCUGGUCUGAUUCAGCAAGAUACCUUCCAGCUGGAGCUGCUUGAACCCAGCUCCAAUGCUGCUAUUGGAGAAAGGAAGAACACCAUCGUCAAUAUAAAAGACGGGGCAGUACCAAGAUCUCCAGAAAUAGCGCAGACUCAGUCGAAGGGCUACGAGAGCCCAAAGUGUGCCUCCCCUGGCGGUCUCCUUCUCCCUCCAGGGAACCUUAAGUCCAAAGCGACCGGACCCAAAAACAUCCGUCUGAACUGGGACUCACUACAGAAUAACAUUCUGGGAUACAAGGUCAAGUAUUGGAUCUAUGGCGACCCUGAGAAAGACGCCCAGGUUCUUGACGUGAAGACACCUCAAGCCGAGCUGACGAAUCUGUACCCCUACUGCGAUUAUGAGAUGCGAGUAUGUGGCUAUAAUGCCUUUGGAGACGGCCUUGAAACCGAUGUGGUUUCCUGUCAAACUCUCGAAGACGUGCCUGGUGAACCCGGUCGUCUGGCAUUUAACGUCAUCAGUCCAACCGUUACUCAGGUCAGCUGGGCAGAGCCUGCAGAGACCAACGGCAACAUCACAGCUUAUGAGGUCAUCUACACGCCGAUGGAUGAUGAAAUGAAACCUGUUGGAGCAGCCAAAAAGGUCAAGAUCGACAACCCAAAGAAGCGGAUGUUGCUGAUAGAAAACCUCCAGAGCGCCCAAACCUAUCAGUACAAAGUUCGAGCCCAGAACAGCGUUGGCUGGGGCCCCUUCAGAGAUGCUACCAUCAACUUGGCAUCACAGCCUGCCAGACCUCUAUCCAUUCCCAUCAUUCCAGAUGUCCCUAUUGUGGAUGCAGAGGCAGGAGAUGAAUAUGACAGCUACCUGAUGUACAGCAGUGAUGUGAUGAAGUCACCAACAAGCUCUAAGGCACCGAGUGUCUCUGGUGACGGCUGGCAGUAUGUCAAGUUGGUGGGGUCAAACCUGGAUCUCCGUCAAGUGUCAUGGAAAAAGCGAGUGGAGGUCAUCCCCAGUCGGCUCAGCACAGACACAGAGAUGAGCUCAGAUGAGGUUCCCCACCCCGGCUCCUACCAGACGCCCCUGCCAGAUUACAUGAUGAAUGGAAAGUGGGAUCAGGGCUUCCUUUUCCCGGGAGGCUCAUCAACGCGCAACCUUUCUGCUUCAUCCUCUCCGAUGUCCACUCUGAGCUCCAACUACAAGGGAGCAGGCGGUUCCUUCACCACAGAGACACACACCACCUACAUGUCUGGGCCCGGAAGCCCUCGCAGACACGAGAUGAUUGGAGGAGGGACGCAUACAACGGAAGUCCACAUGAGGAAGCGAUCAGAGAACAGAGGUUACCCAGAAGAAAAUAUUCGGGACUCCAUCGUCAUGGGAGAUGUGACGAACCAGUUCCCAGAUCUGGGUGGGUUCGGCUACACUGGGUUGCAGAGCAGCUCUCAGAACCAGUACAGCUACAGCCUGUCUCAGGGUUCCAGGGCCAGGACUCAGUCUUCAGAGGUCAAUGAGGCCUUAUACAGGCUGGACAGAGUGAUCCAUGAUGCUCGACUCUCUCCUGGUGUACCAGACACCCCCAGCAGACUGGUGUUUUCAGCUCUGGGACCAACUGCGCUUAAAGUUAGUUGGCAGGAGCCACACUGUGAGAAAGACAUCCAGGGAUACUCUGUUUUGUACCAGCUGCUCAAUGGAGGCGAGACGAAGCGCAUCAAUGUGACGAACCCAGCAGAGAACUCUGUAGUUAUCCAUGACCUGCUGCCCAACCACUCCUACCUGUUUAAGGUGAAGGCUCAGAGUCAGGAGGGCUGGGGUCCAGAACGGGAGGGAGUCAUCACCAUCGAGUCAGCCGUGGACCCUAAGAGCCCCCUCAGUCCUAUGCCAGGCUCACCGUUCACCCUGAGUACGCCCAGUGCUCCAGGUCCCCUGGUGUUCACGGCCCUGAGUCCCGACUCGCUGCAGCUCACCUGGGACAAACCACGUAAACCCAAUGGAGAUAUCCUAGGCUAUGUUGUGACCUGCGAACAGCUGCAUGGUGGAGGUGAUUUGCGCACCUUCAAAGUAAACGGUGACACCGCAGAGACCAGCCUGACUGUCCCCAACCUGACUGAGAAUGUUCCGUAUAAGUUCAAGGUUCAGGCUCGCACCACGCAGGGUUUUGGUCCCGAGAGGGAAGGCAUCAUUACCAUCGAGUCUCAGGAUGGAGGUGCCUUAUCUCAGUACAGCAACCAGUCGGUGACGAGGAGGGAGGUUUUCCAAAUGCCAACAGAAGUCACCACCAGAACAAACGUCACCCACACCAUGCUUAACGACCCAUAUUUCUCAGAUGGGAUGAUGAUGACUCAGCUCACGGAGACUGGAGGCAUGGUGAGCCGUCAGGUGACCAGGGAAGUGGUUCAGAGGGGCGUCGUGGGAGGAACGACUGUCACAAAGAGAAUGUUUUAUGAGUCCUAAAAACUUGCUCCCAUAAUAGCAACUUCUAGACCAAUCAGGAAGCCAAAGAUUUCCAGAGCGUGUGCACAUACAUAUCUGUGUGUGUAUAGGGUAAGAGUGUGAGAUAAAAUAAGGUUUUUAUCUUUGUUACAAACUGCAGCCUUAAAGCAACCUUUCCCUGCAGUUCCUGUUCUGUUAUCCAAGAUCUUAUUAGGUCCUUGUUAAAAUUGAGAUGUUUCUAAGAGGCUCACAGUGUUCUUUUUUUGUUUAUAAAUUAUAUUAUUGUGUGUUAACACAUUUUUCCUCAAUAUAUACACCUAUUUCAGACUUCUUUUAUAUUUUUGAAUUUGGUUCCUGCUUAUUUACAUCCACGCAAGACAAACCCAGAGGGAGUUUUUAAGACAUGGGAAUCAGAAAAAUCGCAUUUAAAAUAUCUGCACUUCAAUACAGCUGUAUUUUUUUAUGUAUUUCCUUUCUUUGCGUGGCUAAUACGUGGCAUAUUUUUUAUAUUUUGCUUCAGUGGAUUAACAUUAGAAGAAUGGAAGACAUGAUAGGGAGAGGAUGGUUGAAGACAGAAAGAUUGUAUUUGCUUUUGCUUCAGGUUCUACUGUACUUUGGGU